CGCGUGCUCUGUAAUUACGCACACGCUGAAAUCUUCACCGUUGACUUAAGUUACUUGGCUCUGCGAGGGCUGGGGCCCUGGGUAUUGAUUAAACGCAGCCUCUAUUUACCUAAACAAUAAAUGUAGAGAUUAGCAACGUUCACUUGAUCACAAUAAUGGGAUUGACAAUUAAGGGGCAAUGCAGCCCAGAUGUAACCGAGUCUAUGGAAGGCGAGAGGGCGGCAGGCUUCUCGGAGACGCGCCCUCGCGGGCUGCCACCGCGGAGGUGCGGAGAGGGGCUCAGAGCAGGAGGCGGUGCCCGGAGCGCCGCAGGAGGCGGAGGGGAGGCCCAGGCGCUGCAGGGCAACAGGCCUCCAGGCCAUGGAGGCCCACAGCUGGCUUUGGGAGACCUGAACAUCCCCGCUCCCAGGGUGGCAUCUGGGGCGCGGAGUCCGCCUCCUUGCGGCGAUGUCACCUGCCUCAAGACCGUCUCGUCUGCUGCUGCCUGGCCGGGAAGGAGGAUGGACGUCGCUGGCGCGUGCCCGAGCUCUGGAAAGACUGGCAGGAAUUUCCUUGUCGUGAGAAGAGCUCCGAGUGUCUGCAACGGAGGAGACAACUACAAACAGACUUUGGGCCGGGAAGGAGGAGGGGGUGGCGGGGCCAGCUUUGAUCGCUUCAGCUCUGUUGUAAUUUUGUCUUCCUCAGAUAGAUUAGCUGAAAUAGUCAGCCCUAGCGAGGAGUUCCGUUCCGCGGAGUCUCCUCCCUCUCCUCCCCCCCGCCCCCGACCCCAAUCCCCGCGUCACGUGCACGCGAGAGCUGGGUCGGCUGCUCCUCCCCGAGUCUCGCCUGAAACUUCAAGGGCUAGCAUCCCGGUACGGAUGGCCGAGACUUUGGCAGCAGCCAGCAGGGCCCAAGCGAGAACCUUUGCUUCUUCUUCCGCGGACGCCUCGCCUCCCGCCCACAUCCUCAAGUCUCCCCAGUUCCACCUCACCCCACCCCUGGGCUGUAUGUAUAUCCGCUGCUAA